AUGGGAGACGGGGAACAGGAACGACAGAUCUACCACGAGAAGCAGAGGCUGCAGUUCUGCCUGCUGCACGCUCUUAACAACCUCCUCCAGGUUUUGGUUUCCGCUGAAGCCUCGUUUUGAUUUCUUUUCCGAUGCCUCUGUCAAGCAAUGACUCCCGACGUCGUCAGUAUCACGGUUCUCUCUUUUUCCUUCUGAGAGUCAGACUUGGGAAAUGAAAAAGAAGAAGAAUAGGAAUAGGAUUGCGAUCUUAUCAUUCGAACGUUCCCCCAUCUGAUCGCGAGGGUUGAAAAUACACUGCAUGUGAGAGGACGUGUCAGAACUCGUGUGGUUUCAGCCUAGUUGCAAAGAAAAUGGUGGUUCAAAAUUGUCGGCGGUUGAUAGGAAACCUAUUUAGCUGUUCUUUUGGGCAUGGCUCUCUCUUGAUUUGUCUUCCUCUUUGGAUUCGCAUCAUCCUCUGCCAUUUUCCAUCUGGGUCAAGCCUGGAAACUAGUGUUACAGAACUCUCCGAGGGGUUUGAUUGUUGUCGGCAAUGAGGAAGCAAACGUGAAUUGUGGGAUUUAGUCUUUUAGUUCUUUGGAGAAGGAAUAAGCCCGUACGGAUGGUUUUAUUCUGAAUUUUAGAUUGGAACUGGCUGUUAUUCCUGCUAUUUUUUUUCUUUCAAGAAGGGGGGGGGGGUACCCAGAGCUGCUACUACCCCCCCUUUCCAAGUCGUCGUUACUAAUUUGAUACAGAUUUUUGGUUCUAGUGGUAAAUUUUAUAACACGAAGGAAGUUGAAUCGUUUUUCUAAGUGAAAGAGGGGAUGAGGAACCAUUCUCAAAAGAAGAAGUGAAUCAAGAGAUGAGAAUCAUUUGAUCUUGAAGUUAAUGGGAAAGCAAGGAGAUCACGCACCAAUACAAUGGGGCCACGAAAGAACACCUCAAGGAAGAGGGCACGAACUUCAUUUCAAGGCCUUUUGAAUUUCUGAUGCUGAACAAUGCUACAUGGAUCGGAGGGAUAAUGGAAAGGAUGUAGGGAAUAUUCAUUUGGAUGUCAUACAUAUUAACGUUCUUCAAUGCGAAUUCAACUCCCUACGAAGAGGAAAAACCAGAAAAUUAAUCGUUUCAUUCUCAUCCCAAAAUCAAACACUUUAAAAUUUUGAUGGGACAUUACUGAUGAUCUGCCACAUUAAAGAUCCCUCGGAAUAGAAAAUAGACAUUUUCUUCACUAAUCCCCGUGUUCAUCAUUGUGUCUACUUUGGUUGGUAGCACGGAUCCUAUUCCAUCAUCCCACCACAUCUGAAGUCAUGUAUACGUUCAAUAUGCAUGAUAUAUUUAUUUCUGUUUUCGUCUGCCCCUUUUCUCUUCUUGUCUUAGGGUCGCUGCUCAUAAAGAUGUUGCUAUAUCUAUUUAUAAGUUCUCCGAAGGUUAUCCGUGAGAUACAAUCUUGCCCUGGUACUCUGCCUCUUAUUUCUUUUGUAGAGUCAUCUUAUAGAUGAUCUUCUCCAGUCUUUUCUCAUGUCGACCUUUUUAGCAUUUGUAUUUCAGCCAACCCCAUCCUGUUCGUUUUCCUGCUUUAAUUGGUCUGAUUUCCAUCCCCUUUCAAUUUACUUGUGAUGGGAUGGCGGUCGCCCACAGAGGGGGCUGCUUUCCCUUUUCAACCCGGUAAUUGUAGUGAUAUUGUGGGUCAUUUCUCUGUUCAUCGUAUCCAUUGCUUCAACUGUUCGAUCCAAGUAUCAGAAAUAAAUUGUAUUUUUUCUUUCUGUGUUCUUGGCCGAAAGCAUAUAUGCUCCAUCUUGUUCCUACCUCCAUUCUCUCUCUCUUUUACCCAGAGACUUUGAUCGUUGGUUUUUCUCGAGUUCAUCGGAUAGUGAAAAUGCUUUUCGCAAUUACUGGAGAAGAGGAAACGCAUGAGAUACUCCUUCGGGUGAACUUUUUUCUGUGUAGGCCUGAUCUUCUACGAGAGAGGACGAUGGUUGAUUCUACAUUCCUUUGUUUUGGAUUAUUGUGACUGAAGUAGGCAGGCAGGCGUCGGAAUUUAAUGGAUCUUCCGGGGCCCGCCUUUCAGUUUGCUCUGUAUUUUCCGUAUCUACUCUCUCGCUCUGCUGCUUCCUUGUCCGAUAAUUAAUUUUAAAAAGUGAUCUUGCGGGGUUGCCCGUGUUUCAGUUUCAUUUGGUCCGGUGUCUUCCUUGGGAACAUAUUCUUUUGGAAGGAUUUGCAGUAUGACCCCACCCAGGGAAUGUGACAGAGGCUAGUUGACCUUCGAAGAAGAAUAGGUUCCUACCCCACGUCUGUUUGGCGUAUUAUUUACUGGUUUUUGGCGUGAAUGUGUGUGUGCCAGAGACCAGGUUCUUCUUCUGGUUUUCAUUUCUACUGAGAAACCAUUCAGAAUCUACGUCGGCGUUUCAGGCGGGGGACUCCUUCUCUCGGGUGGAGUUGGACGCGAUCGCGGAGCAGCUCGUCGUUGACGAUCCGGAGGAGUCAAGCUGGUGGACCCCGCUGUCCGUGGUGUUUCGUCCGCACCACAACAGGCUGACCGGGAACUACGACGUCAACGUGCUGAUUGCGGCUCUGGAGAGCCGGGGCAGGAGGGUGCUUUGGCACGACCGUCGGCGCGGAGCUUCCUCGAUCGGCCUCGGCGCGCCCGGAGAGCCGGCGGCGGCGCCGCCUCCAUUGGAGGGCAUCUUGUUGAAUGUACCGGUGAGGAAGCUCGCCGGGCUCUGGAAGAGCAGGCACUGGCUCACUCUACGGCAGAUCGACGGCCGCUGGUAUAACUUGGACAGCGAUCUCGAAGAGCCCCACCCCUUCAAGGACGAGGGAGAUGUGGAGGGCUUCGUGGACGAUGUACUAGCCGAUGGUGGCGAGGUGCUGCUGGUCCUCCGUUGA